AUAAUUUAAAAUAAUAUGACCUCAAUAUGUGAGAGAAGAGAAGAAAAAGGAAGGAGGGAUCCUACUCCAUUCCGUAGAAGUACUCACCGCACCAUUCGGAUUAGAGUCAGAAUAAACAAGUGCGGACCUGAUUUCGCCGGCUACAAGAAAAACACAGCAAGCUGCGUAACACCAGAUCCUCAAAACUCUAUCUCUAUCUCUGAAACUCUCGCAAAACCUGUCUGUUUGGUUAUGGCGCGGAGCUGGAGAUCCAAUCCGGUGGUUCUCGUGCUUUUCCUACAGCUCUGCUUGUCGCUCAUCUCUUCGUCGCUCGCAGUUUCUCCCGGGUCUGCCGACGGAUACACCAUUCAUGGCAGAGUGAAGAUCCCACCCAGUCUCGGGGUGAAGGGGUUUGCACCUUACGGAAAAAUAUCAAAUAUCAAAGUCAUACUAAAUGGUGGUCAAAGUGUUACCUUUCUGAGGCCUGAUGGAUUUUUUACAUUCCAUAAUGUGCCUGCGGGGACUCAUUUGAUCGAAGUGUCUGCGAUAGGCUAUUUCUUUUCUCCGGUCCGAGUUGAUGUUAGUGCUAGAAACCCUGGCAAGGUUCAGGCAGCACUGACUGAGAAUAGGAGGCCUCUAAAUGAGUUUGUUUUGGAGCCAUUGAGAGAGGAACAGUAUUAUGAGAUAAGAGAACCCUUCUCCAUAAUGUCUCUUGUAAAGAGCCCCAUGGGUCUGAUGGUUGGAUUUAUGCUAAUUGUCGUGUUCCUGAUGCCAAAGUUAGUGGAGAACAUGGAUCCUGAAGAAAUGAGGCGAACACAAGAAGAAAUGAGAAACCAAGGCGUUCCAUCACUGACAAGUUUGUUACCUGGUGCUGCGAGGAGUUAAGGAUUAAAAUGGAGAAGUUGGAACCCUCUCUGCAAUGGAGGACUUGUCUUUUCCUGUCCAGAAGCUGGGAGCUUGUGUAUCUUUACGGUUACGAAAGAAAUCCAAGAAAUAUUACGAAUUGGUCUCUCUUUUUUAUUUUUAGGUGUUCAAACGCUUUAUGUUUAUGACAUGUUUACUUACCAAAAAUAUGUAUGAAAUGUUUUUAAUUGCUCGUAAACAGAAUAUGGCAUCAAAUUUACGCUUUACUCCCAAUGGAAGGUUCUCACGCAUUACUCA